GAACCUUGACAGGAGAGGACUCUACAGCGGGAGGCUAAGGCAGGACAAGCGUUUAGUUUAGGGCGUCCCGCUCUGACGGGGAGCUCGAGCUGCUGAGAUUCGGAGGCCGCGCUGGGCCUGCCUGGCCGAGGGUCCCAGCGGGUCUGAGAGUUGAGGCAUGUUUUCGCACGCGGUAACACGCGCCCUGCGCAAGAACAAGACGCUCCGUUACGGAGUCCCCAUGUUGUUGUUGGUUGUUGGAGGUUCUUUUGGUCUUCGUGAGUUUUCACAAAUCCGUUAUGAUGCUGUGAAGAUUAAAAUUGAUCCUGAAUUAGAAAAAAAACUGAAAAUGAAUAAAGUGUCACUGGAAUCAGAGUAUGAGAAAAUAAAGGAUUCCACUUUUGAUGACUGGAAGAAUAUUCGAGGACCCAGGCCGUGGGAAGAUCCUGACCUCCUCCAGGGACGAAAUCCAGAAAUCCUGAAGACUAAGACAGCUUGACUAUGCUGAUUCCUUUUUUUUUUUUUUAACUUAAAUAAAAUGUUAUCAGUGGAAUUCCCAGUACAUACUCGUAUGUGGUGGAAAGAAAAUUUCAGAUCUGUAGAAGCCAGGAUGUGAGUAAUUUGAUGACAGAUAAUCUUGAUUAAAAAAUCAAGUACAGGUUUUUUGCUUCCCAGCUCUGCCAUUUGCAAAUGAAAGUAACAGUGUCAACCACAUAUAUUUAAUACCAUUCAGUAAAAAAUAGGAACACUACUACUUACAAAUUGUCAUUUUUUUACACUCCCAAAUAUGCCCAUAUUCCUUUUCCACCAGCCACUGGGGCAACAUUUUGAUAUUUCAUUCUGAUUCCUAAUGAGAAUAGUAGGUCUGGAUCCAGCUUUUCAUAGUAGCACCAAACAGUGAUUUUAUGUCAAACCUACCUAGGAGAGUACUAUUGGCCACAGUGUGAUAAGAAUCUUGUUUUUAUUCAUAAUAUUUCACGUGGUAUGCUAAUCAGUCUCUGAAGCAUCACUUUAAUGAUUGUAUUGAUACUAUCAAAACGUGUUAAGAAACUUAUAUUGUUCCUGGUUGAAAUAGAAGUGACAAAGUAGUAUAUAUUAUAUACAGAUACGGCAAAUUUGUUUAGGCAAUCUACAGUUGAAUACAGUUUGGGAAACACUGAUUUAAGGUGUGCUUUAUACCUUGCAUGCAAACUGACUGUAGUUUUUUUGUUGAUUUUUUUUUAACUUUGUAUUUGCUAUGAUCUAAAUUAGAGAUAGAGAUAGAAUUGAUGAAAGUUAUUUUGUAUCAGGUUGGCUAAAAAUUUGGUUUGGGUUUUUCCAUAAGAUGGCUCUAGUAGCGCUUAAUCGUCUUUUAACUUCAUUCAAAACGACUUUGUUAGAUUGUGUUGUGAUAGCUGUCAUAUCAACGUGCAUUAAAAAAACAAAAUUGGUGAAUCUUUGUGUAGCCAUUUUAAUAUUGAGGAUGGAAGAAAAUAUGCAGCAUUCUGAGCAUGUUAUGUUUUAUUAUUUCAAGAAAGGGAAAAACGUAAUUGAAACACACAAAAAGGAUUUGUGCAGUGUGUGGAGAAGGUGCUGUGACUGAUAGAAAAUAUCAAAAGUUGUUUUCAAAGUUUCAUGCUGGUGAUUUCUCGCUGGACUGAACGCUCCAUGGUCAGGUAGACCAGUUGAAGUUCAUAGCGAUCAAAUCGAGACAUUAAUUGAGAACAAGGAACAUUAUACCAUGUGGGAGAUAGCUGACAUACUCAAAAUAUCCAAAUCAAUAAAGUUAUUGGUGAAAAUGAAAAA